AGACUUUUUAGAAAGUUCAAAAUAUAACAUAUACGAAAAAGUCUAAAAUUUUAUUAUAUGGUUAAUGUGAUUAUUUAGGUAAUUCUGUAAUUUUUAUUUAAGGAAAGAAUUAAAAACAUUGAUAAUUAAUUUAUGGUUAGUUUAAUAAAAAAAAUUAUUAUAUAUUUAAAUGGACAAACCUAUUUCUCUAAAGAUUCUAAAAAUCAUUAUGGUGAUGAGACGUGGUUACCUCAAAUAUUGUAAUGAUUCUUUUUUAAUAUAUAAGUGAUAUCAACAAAAUUCUUGUUAUCUUAAUUUCGAAGUUACAAUCUCAAAUCUACAAAAAAAUUCUAUAAAAAUGAAAACUUUUCAAAAACAAUAGUUUUUGUAAAAAAAUAUUAAAAAAUACAACAUAUUGAUAAAAAAAUCUGAAAGAAUCCUCAUCUAUCAACAAAUUUUCUUAUUAUCAUAAUUUUUAAGUCACAAUUCCAAAUAUAAAAUAGUUCAAUUUAAAAAAAAACUUUCCAAAAAUAGCAGUUUUUGAAAAAAAAUAUUUUAAAAAUGCAACCUAUUGAUGAAAAAUUCUGAAAGAAUACUCAUCUAUAAACAAAAAUUCUUUAUUAUCAUAAUUAUUAAGUCACAGUCCCAAAUCUACAAUAGUUUUCUUAAAAAAUAUGAACAGAAUAACAAGAUUUUAACUUAGAAAUUAGGAUAACAAUAUUUUUUUUUAUUAAUAGAUCAGUAUUAAAAUAUCAUCAAUAUGUUGCAUUUUUAAAAUACUUUUUUACAAAAACUGGUGUUUUUAAAAAGAAAACUUUCCAAAAACACCAGUUUUUGUAAAAAGUAUUUUAAAAAUGCAACAUAUUGAUGAUAUUUUAAUACUCAUCUAUUAAUAAUAAAAAAUCUUGUUAUCUUAAUUUCUAAGUCACAAUACCAAAUCUAAAAUAGUUCUCUAUAAAAAUGAAAAAUUUCCAAAAUAAACAGGUUUUGUAAGAAAUUUUUUAAAAAUGCAAUCUAUUGAUGAAUUUUUUUGAAAGAAUACUCAUCUAUCAAAAAAAUGUUCUUGUUAUCCUAAUUUCUAUGUCAUAAUCCAAAUCUAAAAUAAUUCUCUAUAAAAAAAACUUUCCAAAAUAGCAAGUUUUGAAGAAAAAAAAUUGAAAAUGCAACAUCAAUACAAUACUAAAAGGGGAAUAAGGGCUCCCCUCAUGCCUCCACAUCCUCAGAAAUAAUCAGCCAAUAGGAGAGCCCCGUUUGGCCACGUCGGACGCGCAUCACAUUUCAUUUGGGCCUCGCGUCAAAUGUUCGAAAUCUCGGCCCGAUAAUGUUCGAAAUCUCGGCCCGAUAAUGUUCGAAAUCCGGAAGCCCGGAUAGUCCAUGACCCGGUGAAGCUUCCUGGUCGAUUAUCGAUUCCCCUCUCUUCUCUUUUUUGAUCUGCCGAUCCCAUUUCUCUUCGUCUUCUCCGUUCACUACGUUUCGCAGAUCUUUAUCGCGGACAUUAAAUUUACUCCCCACUCUUCUGAGUUUUAAUCUCAUUAAUGGAUCGUUAUCGCUUUCUCCGUCCGCGGUUCUAUAUAGAUCUCUUAAUCUGUGUAUUUUUUUUUGGAUCUAGAACUGUUCUAUCCUUUCAACUGCUACUUGCGAUGAAGGUGUCCGGCGUUUCUGACUCAGAGAAAAUGACAGGCGAGACGGCGAUCCCCUCCGAUUCCGUCAAUCCCAUCUCUCAAUCCGGUGUCUCUUCCGGCGAUAACGGUCCGACGAAAUCUAGAUGUGGAAUGGCCGAUUCAAAGGGUACGAGCAAAUCCGGCCCUCAGUCCGGCAUAACAUCCGGCGUUGAUAAACCGGUGAAAUCCAGAGGUACGACUGCUGUAACCCAGAUGCCGAUCAGAACACACGGCAGGACUGGUGGUUCCUCCGGCCCCGUUAUCGGGGUUAGAGGGAGACCAUCUGUCUCAGCAAUCGACAAGGGCAAAUCAAUCGUCAGCGACGACGUAGGGAAGGUUAUAACCUUCAAAGACGUGAAAUUCGGGCCACAUCAAGACGAGAUACGGUUUCGACUGAUCCAUUUUUGGGAAGCUUGGAACGUUCAGACGAAGGUUCUUAUCGGCAUCGAAAUGCUUCUCAUCGAUGAAGAGGCGAGUGUAAUCCAAGGUUUCAUCCCUUAUGGAAGGAUUGAGACCUAUCUGCCUCACAUGAAAGCUGGUUGUACGUACCGGCUCAACAAGUUUUACGGAUCAAAGAGCAAGACAGUGUACCGGAUUGCUGACUCGGAUGUCACUAUUAGCUUCUCAUGGAACUCUGCUCUAACUGCUCUCGAGGACAGCUCAAUCUGUUUCCCUGAGGAUCGGAUCCGUAUUCAUGGAUUCAGGGAGUUCGAUGGUGCUUCCGACUUGAAAGGUGAUCUUUAUGAUUAUAUUGGCCAUAUCAAGCUUGUGAAUGGGAAGGUUCCCACUGACAGCAUAUUGCUUGAUGAAGGUGAGAUAGCUGUGUCUCGGCGAGUUGAGCUUCACGUCCAGACACAUGACGAUCCUGUGAUGAAGUUGUACCUCUGGGACAAGGCGGCCUUUGAGUUCAUUGAUAAGUUUAAAGCAUCUAGAGGCACUGCCCGUGUUAUUUUGGUCACCACUUUAAACCCGAAACGGUUUGGAGGUGUUCUGUCUCUAUCGGCAAUGGCGUCCUCACGUGUAUUUAUGGAUAGUGAUAUCCAAGAAACACUCUCCUACCUCAGCUGGUUGAACUCUAAUUUGGACGUUGCCAGUAGGGUUAAUGCAGAGGUGAUUACCAAGCCUGAGCCAGCGACAUUGGGAGAACUUUUUGCUUAUAUGAACCAGGCGUCCUCUAAGGUUGCUUGGUUUGAGUGCACAGCAACUAUUGAUGAUGUUGUGCACGGGUCUGGCUGGUACUAUAUAGGUUGCGGUGUGUGCCAUACCAAAGCAACCAAAGGGCCCACAACGUUAAUGUGUAAGAAAUGCGGGAAGAGUGAGAUUGUUGGUGUGGCGCAGUACUUGACGAGGCUCUCUGUGUAUGACAACAAUGAUCAAGCCGUGUUUGUUGUCCUCGGUGAUGCCGGUGAGGAGUUGACUGGAAAGAAAGCAAGCGAGUUGGUUGAGAAAUACUAUCAGGUCAAUGACAAUAUUGAAGGCGAUCAUAAGGUCCCAGUUCCUCAGGCUAUGAUUGAUACUAUUGGACAGACGCGAAAGUUCAUUGUGAAGGUAUCGAAACACAAUCUGGACGCUAAGACUCAGACUCUGACUGUGACAAAGGUGCUCCCACCCGAUGCCGCAGGACCUGAGGACAAUUUAGAAGGGGAUGUUGAUGUAAUAGGUGAUGCGGAAGGAGUAGGUAAUGCAGCUGAGUUUGGAAAAAGGGGUGCUGAUGAGAUAGAGUCUGAGGGUGUGAAGCGUGCCAAAUGUGGCUAAUGAAGUAGCCUUGACUUCAUUUGCUUCUUCUUUUUUUUUGUGUGUUUUCCUUUUUUUUUUUUUGUUUGAGACAUCCUUUUUAUCUUUGGUUUCCUCUGCAACAUUAUACCAACCAUUGGUUAUUAUCUCUUUUUAAUAACAUAAACUAUUAAUAUUUUCUAUGUUAUACAAUUUGAUCAAUGAAAUGGUGUUAUCUAUAUAUAUAUUUACCACAUAAUCUGGAUGAUGAUAAACUGAUUCAGGAAUUUUAGAUUCCGAUUUCUAUUUAAGUAUAGUAGAGAAGUAUCUGUGUACAUAAUUAGCUUAUCAUUGUUUGGGAAUAAGUUAUUUUACACAAAACAAAUACAAUAAUAAAACGAUUUGUGUGAAUAAGCAUGGAUGAUUAAAUGCAAUAACCUGCUGUAAGUAAGCCAAUAAAAUUUGAUAUUCUUUAAAAAAAUUUAAAAACGGGUUAACUGAGAUUCGAACCCUGCAAGUAGAGUAGCUAAUGCGGAUACUACUCUACCAUUGGGCUAAUGUCACUCUUUGUAGAUAUAUGCAUAACUAAAUACAAUAACUUCUUAGAUAAUACAAUAAAAUGAAUUUUUUUAAAAAUAAUUACAAACGGGAUGACUGAGAUUCGAACCCUGUAUAAGAGCUAAUGCGGAUGCUACUCUUCCAGUAGGCCAAAGACACUCAUUGCAAAUAUAUAAAUGACUAAAAGAUAUAACUGUUUAUAUGAGCUAAGAAAAUGGUAUGUUUUUAAGAAUAAAAACGGGUUUUUUAGUGUUCGAACCCUAUAUAAGAGCUAAUGCGGAUGUUACUCUUCCAGUAGGCUACAGACACUCAUUGCACAUAUAUAAAUGACUAAAUUAUAUAACUUUUUAUAUAAGCUAAGGAAAUGGUUUGUUGUAAAAAAUAAAAACGGGUUUUUUUGAGAUUCGAACCCCUAUAUAAGAACUAAUGCGGAUGCUUCUCUACCAUUAGGCUAAAUACACUCAUUGAAAUAUAUGCCCAAAAAUAAAAAUAUAUAUUAACCGGAUGAGAUGAGGAAAACAUAUAUAUAUGGAAACACGAGUGGUUGGAUAGUACAAAUCUUUAUUUAAGCCAAAAAUAUUUGAAAUUUUGACUAAAAUUAUAAUUGCGAUGGGAUGGGGGUUCGAACCCUAUAUUUUCUGAUAAGAAUUUACUUUAUAAAUAAAUAUAACCUCGGUGAUAAACGUCUUCAUCAUCUACAUCUAUACGUAUGCUAAAUCAUUAUAAUGUAAAUAUGAGUAUAAAAAUAAAAUCUAUAAAUAUAAAAUAAGCAAAAGAAAUAAUUGUAUUCAAUAACAAAAAUACAAUCAAUAUUAUUCUAUAUAUACUAAUGUAUAAUAAAAUUAUUGUAAGGAUUAUAUUUUAUAAGUUAACCAGUAAUAUUUAUUUCAAAAAAAAUCUAUUAAAUUAUUCUAAUAACAUGGUUAGCGUUAUUUUCAUAUAUAAUAAUACAUAUAAGAUUCUAACAAACAUGUAUAUUAAUAUCCUUUCUCAAAAAGAAAACAUGAAUCUUACACUAUUAAAAGGAGAAUAUGAAGUCCUCUUAAGCUGUCCAUGUCAGCGAAAAAAUUCGCAACCAAUCAUUUGUCCAUGUCAUCAUGGAUGUUAAGUUGUUGGACCACGAAUUUGUGCUGCGUAAUAGGCCCUUUAACUUUAAUGACCCAUUUUUUUUGCCAUCUUCUUACUCCAACAUAAUUUUGUUAUGACGUCUACAGAAGACAUUCCAGAAUUCACUGUCUUCCUAUCUCUUCCGUAUAACGCUUGCGACGGCUAUAACGACGAAUUAAAGCUACUUAAUUACUCCUCCAGAUAAAUCGGCGUCUAACUCUCAACAUCCUUCCUCUUACUCAAUCAUAACGAUGCUUCCUCAAGCCAAAAACCUAUUGCUCAGAUCCUCAAAUCCAUUCCUAGCUUUAUGGUAAAUCAAACGGCAGUCACCACCACCCAAAUUCAUUCUCCAUUUUUCUUCAGUAAGGUUUCAUCAGUGGAGAUUCCCAGUUGCUUUUUAAGCUAAUCUAUUUAUGGAAAGCUCACAAUAAUUCCAAAGGAGACAUCAUUCUCGGCCUUGAGAUGCUGAUGAUUGAUGAAGAGAUAAGUGUCCAUAUUUCAAUAUUAUGCUUCCGAUUUCAUACACGUCUCUGAUUUUUUUCUAACAGAUAGAGAAUAUGUUAACAAGAUUCUAUCCUGAAACUCAACACCUAAGAAUUUUUAACGUUAAGAGAUAAUUUUUAAAAUUAGUUAAAUAAGUGAUCAUCUCUGAAUAUGUUAAUGGUUCUCAAUAUCCUUUUAUGUAGUAACUAAAUACAGAAUUGUUCAUAUUGAAAUCUACUACAUAUUUCACAUUUUUAUAGCAAAUAAUUAUUUAAAAAAUAAUAAAUACCAAAAAAUUUAAUAUUGAAAAUAAAUUAUGGCUUCAAAACUUAAAGGAUUGCUGAAUCAUUUUAUUGGUUAUCAAAAUUUACAGAUUUAAGUAUUCAAAAUUAUUACACAUUUAUAAAAUUAUAUAUUUAUAUGAAAUAAAAUUUAUUUACCUAUACUUCAAAAAAUAAUUCAAAAUCAAUCAGACGAUAUAUAAGAAAAUAUAUUAUAUACAUAAGAUGAUAGAAUUUUUUUAUUUUAUUAAAUGUAGAGUAUUUUAAAUUUAAAAAAAAAUUAAACAUGGUUAAGAAAAGAUUAAUAGAGACAUUUAAUAUGUUAACAUAAAUUAAUGAUAUUUCAAACAAAAAAAUAUAUCAAAACAAAUAAAUGAUAUAAUAUUAAAAAAAACUUAAAUUUUAUUUAAAAAAUCUAAGGUUCUAAUGUUUAUA